AUGUGCAAGGCAGGUGUUCGACCCCGUCCUGCAGACCAGCCUCCUCUUGCUGGCGCCCAGGGACUGUGGCGGACAGAGACCGGAAAGCUUGCCGAAGCAUCUCGCAGCGCACAGGCUGUUCCUCCAGUUCACAACCGUUGUCAUCCUCCAGGAGCAGCCGUCAUCCAGUGGGCCUGUGCCUACGGCAAACACAUCUCCAUCUUUGUAGCCAAGCAUGACACCGAAUCGGCGAAGCGGCUGCGCGUCGAAGAGCUGGGCGACGUGCUCCGCCACGGAGACGACUCGCAGCUGCCAACCCCGGGCCUGUUCUUCUACGCGCAGGGGAUGCCGGUCGUGGUGACUCGGAACCAGCUUAUUGGGCUGAAGGUCGCCAACGGGGCACCUUUCAAGGCCGUCGACAUCUUCCCCGAUCCCGCCGCCGGCACCAUCGCCCUCGCCAGCGAUGUGACUCUUCAUCUUGGACCACCGGUGGCCGUCCUCCUUCAGUCAGACGAUAAGCGCGGGCCUCGUCCAUCCCCGGGCUCCCUCAACGGCACCAUCUUGAUCAAGAGCAAGACGGUCGCCAUCCCGAGCCAAAUGCGGGGCAAGGAAGGCAGAUGGAGGGGCAAGCCCGGUUUUCGGUGGGUCACCCACAGAACGGGACCUCUUUGUACACCGGCCUUCGCCAUGACGGAUCAGAAGAGCCAGGGAAAACAAUUCUCGGACGUCCUCAUCAACCUCAAAGGCGUCCACUUUGGCGGCACGGCGACUCGACCCAGCUUCAUGAGCCUGUACGUGCAGCUGUCGAGGGCGCAGAGCUGGGACGGGCGGCAUCUGUUUCGGAAACCGGCGCGCGGUGACUUUAUCGAACCCAAGAAAGAAGCGGUUGCGUCGCUCUAG